AUGGAACUAAUUUUCCCGUCAGUAAUUAUAAUCCUAGCAUGCGUCGCUCUUCUGUUAUUCCUCCGGUGGAAGAACUUGAGCGGUCCCCCGUGCAUCGGGGGCUGGAUUCCUUGGAUUGGAGCUGCAUUUGAGUUCGGGAAAGCCCCUCUGGAAUUUAUAGAGAAAGCAAGAAUCAAGUAUGGACCAAUAUUUACAGUCUUUGCUGUGGGAACUCGAAUGACCUUUGUUACUGAAGAAGAGGGCAUUGAUGUGUUUCUAAAAUCCAAAGAAGUAAACUUUGAACUUGCAGUGCAAGAUCCUGUCUAUCGUACAGCAUCAAUUCCAAAGAAUGUCUUUUUAACACUGCAUGAAAAGCUUUAUAUCCUGAUGAAAGGGAAAAUGGGGACUUUCAACCUAUGUCAUUUUACUGGACAACUAGCUGAAGAAUUACAGGAGCAACUGGAGAACUUAGGCACUCAUGGGACAAGGGACCUGACCAUCUUAGUAAGGCAUCUCCUUUAUCCAGUCAGUGUAAAUACACUCUUUAAAAAAGGUUUGUUUCCCACAAACAAGAAGAAAAUCACGGAGUUCUACCAGCAGUUUCAAACUUAUGAUGAAGGUUUUGAAUAUGGGUCGCAGAUGCCAGAAUGUCUUUUAAGAAACUGGUCAAAAUCCAAACGGUGGUUUCUAGCAUUUUUUGAGAAAAACAUCCCAGUUAUAAAAGCAAAAAAAUCUGAAAAAGAUAAUUCCAUGACACUAAUGCAGGUGCUGUUGGAUACCAUAGACAUGGAAACAAAUGAGCGUAGUCCCAACUACGGGCUUCUGCUCCUUUGGGCUUCUUUGUCCAAUGCCGUCCCUAUUGCAUUUUGGACACUUGGAUUUAUUCUCUCUCAACCCAGUCUUUACAAGGCCAUUAUGGAAGGCAUAUCAUCUGUGUUUGGUGCAGCAGGUAAAGAUAAGAUUAAAGUGUCUGAGGAUGACUUGAAGAAACUCCCUCUAAUUAAAUGGUGUAUUUUGGAAACAAUUCGUUUAAGAGCCCCGGGUGCCAUUACUAGAAAAGUGAUGAAACCAGUUAAAAUUUUGGAUUUCACCGUUCCUUCUGGUGACCUGUUGAUGUUGUCUCCAUUUUGGCUACAUAGAAAUCCAAAGUAUUUUCCUGAACCGGAACUGUUCAAACCUGAACGUUGGAAAGAGGCAAAUUUAGAGAAGCAUGCUUUCUUGGACGGCUUCGUGGCCUUUGGAAGUGGGAAGUACCAGUGUCCAGGAAGAUGGUUUGCUAUGUUAGAGAUUGAAAUGUGUAUUAUUUUAUUAUUUUAUUAUUAUGACUGCAGUCUUCUGGACCCAUUGCCAAAACAGAGUUCCCUCCAUUUGGUGGGUGUUCAGCAGCCAGAAGGACGAUGCCGAAUUGAAUAUAGACAAAGAAAGUGA